GAUGGGGAAACAGACUUCUUUGUCUUCCACUGGCACUUUUUGUUUCGUGUCCCAAUUUCAAAUGAAUCACUGAGUAUAAAUCAAUGACUUGAGACACACAAAGAGAAAAGAGCCAGGAAGAAGAUUUCACAUGAUCAUUUGCAUUCCACAUGAUUACGACAUGUUAAUGCGUGACCACAUAAUCCAGGUCAAUUUGGAUCUCAUGUUACACAGAGCCUGCAGACGGGUGACUUGGAAACAGUCUGCCUGCUGUGAGUAUGUCUUCAAAACGUACUGCAUGCCUGUGGAGGUUUACGGCUAGAUCUGGACAUUUCAAAGUUGGUUUGAUCGGGUUUGCUACAAGUAACUGAAGAGUCAGGAAUUAUCAGUGAUACAAAACAGCUUUCUGGAACAUGGGAGUGAAUGCAAAUCGGCUACUCUUCUUCUCCUGCAUACUUGUUGUGACUGGCUAUUGCAAUGGUGGUCGAAUCUUAGUGUUUCCAGAAGAUGGCAGCCACUGGGUGAAUAUGCAGGUCAUACUCAAGGAGUUGCAUGCCCACGGACACAGUCUGACAGUGGUACAUUCUUCCAGAAGCUGGUAUAUUCAUGACAGAUCUUCUCUCUACACAUUCAUUAGUGUUAACCUCACUAGCACAGAAGAUGCUAGCAGGGGGAUAUUUGAGACCUUGUUAGAGCGGUCACUGUCUUUACGUAGGAUGACACCAAUCCUGCGCUUUUUUGAACAGCAGAAGGAUGUGAUGACCAUGUUGAAGAUAUUCCACGGUGUAACCCUUAGUAUUAUCUCUACCAUAUUGGAUGACUCAGCACUGAUGGGAAAACUGCAAGAUUCUAAGUUUGACCUAAUGCUCACUGACCCUGCUUUCCCUGCUGGGGUUCUCCUGGCCCACUAUCUCCAUUUACCCUUGGUGUAUAAUGUACGCUGGCUCAAUGCAGGAGAUGCACAUAUGGCCAUUGCUCCAUCGACACCAUCUUAUGUUCCGAUGUACAACUCAUUGUUUAGAGACAGGAUGGACUUCCUGCAGAGGACCGAGAACUUCCUUCGAUAUAUGGUCAGCCUCCUCCAGGAGCAAUUUGUUAUCCUCCCCAUUUAUGAAGAAUUGCUCAAGAGGCACUUUCCACCAGGAUCAGAUCUUCUCAGCAUGCAGCGCUCAGCAGAUAUUUGGUUGAUGCGUGUUGACUUUAUUUUUGAGUACCCACGCCCUAGCAUGCCUAAUGUAGUCUACAUAGGUGGGUUCCAGUGUCGCCCGGCUGAACCCAUUGUUACAGAGCUGGAGGAGUUUAUGCAAAGUUCUGGGGAGCAUGGUGUGGUGGUUAUGUCCCUGGGAGUCAUGGUCACCGCCCUUCCCAAACAUAUCACAGAAGCCAUUGCAGCUGCCUUUGCUAAGAUACCUCAAAAAGUUAUAUGGAGGUAUGUGGGUGAUCGACCUUCAUCUCUGGGUAACAACACGUUGCUUCUUGAAUGGCUUCCUCAAAAUAAUCUCCUGGGGCACCCAAAAACAUGUGCAUUUGUGUCUCAUGGUGGCACAAAUGGCAUCUACGAAGCUAUUUACCAUGGGAUUCCUGUGUUGCUUCUGCCACUUCUCUUUGAUCAGUUUGACAAUGCAAUCAGACUGGAAACCCGAGGUGCAGCCCGUGUGCUUGAGGUCAGCACGUUGACUUCUAAAGAAUUCCUUGAAGCCCUCAAGGAUGUCAUUAAGAAUCCAUCUUACAAAAGCAACAUUCAGGAGCUCUCAGAGCUUCACCGUGAUCAGCCCUUUUCUCCUCUAGACAGUGCUACUUUCUGGAUUGAGUAUGUCAUCAGGCACAAAGGAGCUCAACACCUGUACUCAGAAGGUAGCAGUCUUCCUUGGUACUCCUACCACAAUCUAGAUGUCGUAGGUUUUCUGUUGGUAAUAAUUUUAGCUGUACUCUGGGCCUUGGUAUAUCUUGUUAAAUUUCUUUGUUGUACGCCAUACAGGAAGCAAAAGGUUGAGUGAACUGAACCUGAGGCAUUCACAGACAAGCAGAAAUAUGUGUUUGGGGUUGUUGGGUUUUUUAUUGUUAUUAUUGUUGUUGUUGAUUUUGGGUAAGCACUUUUUUAUGUUGUGCACUAACUGUGAUAACUAAUAUUGCUACCCUUUCAAAGUAGAUCAUAUAAGAGCUAAGACCACUAGAAAUUGUGUUUGUUACAUAAUCUUCAUUACAGCCUUAAAGGUUUUCCUGAUUGAUCAAAAAUAAUUUCACUUCUAGUGUCAUUUGUACUCAUUACAAUGUACAUGACUUGGAAUAAAAUUUGCUUUUAAUCAUAUCAAAUCAGUAUGCAUCAUUUAUUUACAAGUCAGAAAACAAACAAAACACAAAAGAUGAAAUUGUGCAUAUGAGAUCAUAUGAAAAAUAUUUUUUUUAUCACAAAUAAAUAUAUUGGCAGUCUUCAAAACAAAUAUUUAUAAAUAAAGUUAUGUGUAAUAAAGUGAAAUGACACAGGAAAAAAGUAUUGAACACGCGAAAAUAGUUGAAAUCUGUAAGUAAUUAUACCCCCAUCUGUGCACAUUGAUAUCAGCUGGGUUAGUAAAUUCAUGUUCUAUAAAAAGGCUUUUCAUUACCAAGGUGUCACACAAGAAACAUCUCAUGAUGGGUAAAAGCAAAGAGUUCUCCCAAGACCUUCACAACCGUAUUGUUGAGAAACAUAUUGAUGGAAUUGGAUGCAGACGUAUUUCAAAACUUCUGAAUCCUCCAGUAAGCACCACUGGGGCCAUUAUUCACAAGUGGAAGCAACAUCACUCCGUCAUGAACGCACAGGAGCUCAUCACAAGAUUUCUGACCAGGGAGUCAGAAGAGUAGCCCAAGAGCCAAGGACCGCUCAGAAAGAGCUUCAGAAACGCUUGGAGGCAGCAGGUGCCAUCGUCACAGAGAAAUACUGGGAGAGUCUAGUCUGGUCAGACAAGAGCAAAAUUUUACUUUUUGGAGAUGCACUGCACAUCGCCCUAAGAACACUAUACCAACAGUGAAGUUUGGAGGGGAAAGCAUCAUGGUGUGGGGCUCUUUUUCAUCACAUAAUACUGCAGACUUCAUAUAAUUGAAGGAACGAUGAAUGGAGCCCUUUCCCAGGAGAUUCUUUUGAAAAAUCUGCUGCCAUCCAUCAGGAUGAUGAAGAUGAGACGUGGGUUGAGCUUCCAGCAGGACAACGAUCCAAAACAUACAGCAAAGGAAACUCUCAGUUGGUUUCAGAGAAAAUAAAUCAAGGCGUUAGAAUGGCCCAGUCAAUCACCUGACUUGAAUCCAAUUGAACAAGGUUUAAAGACAAUAUGUUUAGAAGAAUGGGCCAAAAUCACACCUGAAUACAAUAAGUGUCUUGAAUCUGUUAUUAAACACAAAGGCUUCUCCACUAAGUACCAAAUAAAUUUCAGUUAGCGUGUUCAAUACUUUUUUCCUGUGUCAUUCCACUUUAUUACACAUAACUUUAUUUAUGGAUUUUAAUGUUGUGAAUUCCUUAUUUUUCCAGAUUUCUUGAGUUAAUACUGAUGUCUGGUGAAAAUUUCAUGUAAAUAGCCUCAUUGGAAAUAUAUUUAAUGAAAAAAUGUUGACACGUCCAAUACUUAUUUCCCCCACUGUAUAUACAAAAAAAAGGCAGUACAAAUUAAGCAGAGGUCAAUAUGAAGACAUUUGUCCAGGACCGCUUAUUCAUUAUAUUAAUGGAUAUUGAAGUAAAGGAUUUAAAAAUAUUAAAUCAAUAGAAACCAAUAAAUUUCAGUAUUUACUGGAUCAGCAAUGAGGAUAGACAUCACUUGAUUCCCCAAUAGUCUUUUUCCACUCUCUGGUACUAAGAUCCCUGAUCAUCUCAGCAUGCAUUAAAGCCAUGCUUUCAUCUCUAUCCUCUAUGAACAUUUCAUUACUAUCCUCUAGGAUCUAUCUUCACAAAAGAUAGAUUUUACUUUGAAA